GGCGGGGUGGGAAGGUCUCCGAUUGCCUCCCCCUGUGUGAUGUUUGACUUGCUGUGUUAACGGGAGCAUUGGAGAGGCUGGUGAACGGCGGGACAUGUCGGCUCUCCUCGGCUGCACAGACAGAUGUUGAAGUGAGUGGGUCGUGUGCCACCUUUACACCAUGUACUCUGAGUGGCGGUCUUUGCAACUCAUCAUCCAGAGUGAUCGAGGUCACAUGAGCGUUCUGCAUAGCUAUCCCAGCACCGUUGGUAAAGAUGUAGCUAAUGCUGUGGUCCGUCCUCUGGGACAGGGACUGAACAGUUCUUCUGUAACGAGCAAUGAAAGCAUUCUAAAAACCGACAAAGAGGUUAAAUGGACUAUGGAGGUCCUCUGUUAUGGACUGACUCUGCCUCUGGAUGGAGAAACAGUAAAGUUAUGUGUAGAUGUUUAUACCGAUUGGAUUAUGGCUUUGGUGGCUCGCCGUGACUCUAUCCCUCAGCCCAUUGUCAAAGAACCGAAUUUAUAUGUGCAAACUAUUCUCAAACACCUGCAGAAUCUGUUUGUUCCUCGACCAGACUACGCUCAUAACCAGAUCUCACUGUGCAUGCGAGUUCUAGUAGCAGUCCAGAAAUUAGCACGUGAAUCUGUCAACAUGUCAAGGGAAACAUGGGAAGUUCUGUUGCUCUUCCUAUUGCAAAUUAAUGACACACUUUUGGCAGCUCCAACAGUUCCAGGAGGAUUAGCAGAAAAUCUUGCAGAUAAAUUAAUUGGUGUACUGUUUGAAGUUUGGUUCCUGGCUUGUACGCGAUGUUUCCCGACGCCACCGUAUUGGAAGACUGCUCGAGAAAUGUUGGCCAAUUGGCGGCAUCACCCAGCUGUGGUAGAACAGUGGAGUAAGGUCAUAUGUGCACUGACCUCUAGGCUAUUGCGGUUUACCUAUGGUCCUUCAUUCCCUCCAUUCAAAGUUCCAGAUGAAGAUGCAAUCCUGAUUCCAGCAGAAAUGGACAAUGACUGUAUUGCACAGACUUGGUUUCGUGUUCUCCACAUGCUUAGCAAUCCAGUGGAUCUGAGUAACCCAGCCAUAAUAAGCACCACGCCAAAAUUCCAGGAACAGCUGCUGAGUGUUAGUGGGAUGGCACAGGAAAUGAUACAACAUCCAUGCCUCAAACAACUGCCUCAGAUCUUCUUCCGAGCCAUGCGUGGUAUUAGCUGUCUGGUGGAUGCCUUUCUCGGCAUUGCAAGGAUCAAUAUCAUUCGGGAAAGGUUACCCCCUUAUGGUAUUUCCAGGCCUCGUUCUGACAGUGCUCCUCCUACUCCAGUCAACAGGCUAAACAUGCCGCAGGCAAGCAAUACCAUGAACACAACCCCCCCUCACAGCAGGAGAAUGCGAUCUGUCACUGUUACGAAAGCAACCGUUAAAACAAGUUCAGGGAGCACUGCACAUCCUCCAAAAGUUACUCAUCAGACAUCCACCACUUCUCCACUGUCCAGCCCAAACCAGACCAGCUCAGAGCCAAGACCUCUACCUGCACCUACUCGUCCCAAGGUCAACAGUGUGCUGAAUCUGUUUGGUCAGUGGCUGUUCGAUGCAGGAUUAGUUCACUGCAGACUGCACAAUGGGAUGAACAGAGAUGGCAGUAUGACAGCAUCUUUUAUCCAAAUUCUUCUUUCUUAUAAAUCUUGUAUUACAACUCCAGCAGGACUGGAUGUCCGACGGAAACCCUCGCAGAUAUCCACUGAAAAUAUGGUUGCCAAUCCACUCUUCGAUGCAAAUGAAUUUCCAGAUAACUAUGAAGCAGGGAGAGCUGAGGCCUGUGGAACACUGUGCCGAAUCUUCUGCAGUAAGAAAACGGGGGAAGAAAUCCUUCCAGUGUACCUGUCCAGGUUCUAUAUGGUGCUGAUCCAAGGCCUGCAGAUAAAUGAUUACAUUUGCCGCCCAGUUUUGGCUAGUAUCAUCCUGAACUCUCCGGCUUUGUUUUGCUCUGAUCUGAAAGGCAUCGAUGUUUUAGUCCCCUAUUUCAUUUCUGCAUUAGAGACAAUAUUGCCUGACCGAGAACUCUCAAAGUUCAAAGCAUAUGUAAAUCCCACUGAACUUAGAAGAGCAUCUAUCCACAUUCUACUGUCAAUGCUGCCUCUUCCCCAUCACUUUGGGACAGUUAAAGCAGAGGUACUUUUGGAAGGAAAGUUCAGUAACGAAGAUUCCUCAUUACAUGACAAGCCAGUUACCUUCCUCUCUCUGAAACUGCGGCUUGUCAAUGUGUUAAUUGGUGCCCUACAGACUGAAACCGAUCCUAACAAUACACAAAUGAUUUUAGGUGCCAUGUUAAAUAUUGUUCAAGAUUCUGCACUUUUAGAAGCAAUUGGUUCUCAGACAGAGCUGAGUGUUGGUGAUAGCACUCAUGUGUCACUCAAGAGUCACAGUCGAAACAGCAGUGGUAUAAGUAUGACCAGCACGGGUAGCUCAGAGGCCACAACACCAGACAGUGAAAGACCAGCACAGGCUCUUCUGCGGGAUUAUGGUUGUCCAGCUCUUCAUACAGAUACAGCAUCGGGACUACUGAUUCGCAGUAUCCAUUUGGUGACACAGCGACUGAACUCCCAAUGGAGACAGGACAUGAGCAUCUCGUUGGCAGCACUUGAAUUGCUCUCUGGGUUAGCCAAGGUAAAAGUGAGCGUGGAUUCAACAGACCGAAAGCGUGCAGUUAGUUCAGUGUGCAGUUACAUCGUGCACCAAUGUAGCAGACCGGCUCCAUUUCAUUCCCGAGAUCUACACUCCAUGAUUGUUGCAGCCUUCCAGUGUCUCUGUGUCUGGCUCACAGAGCAUCCGGAUAUGCUAAAUGAAAAGGAUUGUCUGAUAGAGGUGCUGGAGAUUGUUGAACUGGGAAUCUCGGGGAGCAAGUCUAAAACCAGCGAUCAGGAGGUGCGGUACAAGGGAGAUAAAGAACCAAACCCUGCUUCGAUGAGAGUAAAGGAUGCUGCUGAGGCUACACUGACAUGUAUAAUGCAGUUGCUCGGAGCAUUCCCUUCUCCAAGUGGCCCUGCCUCACCAUGCAGUCUUCUCAAUGAAGAAACACUAAUCAAGUACUCCAGGCUGACCUCAACCAGCAAGAACCAUUUCCGGUACUUUGUCUUGGAUAACAGCAUCAUCUUAGCAAUGUUAGAGCAGCCACUGGGCAAUGAUCAGAAUCCUUGCCCUUCAGUUACUGUCCUGAUCCGGGGAAUGUCUGGGAGACAUGCGUGGACCAUGCAACUGUAUCAUCAGCCGAGGGGGUCUCGAGCAAGCCAAAAGUGUCAUCCACAGGCAUUUGUUCCUGAGCCUCAUCCACCACCAAAGGAUGACGUGGGAAUCAAGUACAAUGUCAAACAUCGGCCAUUCCCUGAGGAGGUGGACAAAAUUCCAUUUGUAAAGGCUGACCUGAGCAUUCCUGAUCUGCAUGAGAUUGUUACUGAUCAGCUGGAAGUUCAACAUGAGAAGCUGAAGAAAUUGAUGGCCAAACAAAUUCUCUAUGAAAAUGCACUGGAAAAGAUCAGUGAAGAGAGACUGUCCAAGACCGUAUUCCCUGAUCCAGUGACUGAAUGCAUCCCCCCUCCUCCCGCACAGGAAUUCCAGACUGCUCGCCUUCUCCUUUCACACUUUGGUUUCCUAUCUUUGGAAGCACUGAAGGAGCCAGGUAAUAGCUGCCGUCCUCCUAAUCUUAUUGCACUGGACUCUACUCUUGCUGGAUUCUUUGAUGACAUCGGCUACUUGGACUUGCUGCCCACCAGACCUUUUGAAACUGUCUUCAUAUUUUAUAUGAAACCUGGUCAGAAAACUAGCCAGGAGAUUCUGAAGAACGUGGAAUCCUCCAAUAAUGUGCAGUCUAAUUUCUUGGAAUUUCUCCUUUCGUUGGGAUGGCCAGUGGAUGUUGGAAAGCACCCAGGCUGGACAGGACACGUGUCAACCAGCUGGCUAAUUAAUGCAUGCAAUGGCAGUGAGGGGAAAGAACAAGUCAUUCCAAGUUAUUCCGGAUUCUCCUUUCACCCACUGAGAAUGGAAAUAGGAGGCCUUGCAGCCCCUCAAACUGAGGAAACAGUGGCACCAGCAGACACUGGAGGAGGUAUUUUUAAUGGAGAGAAGAAAGCACUGUAUUAUGCUGAUGCCUUGACUGAAAUUGCCUUUGUCGUUCCCUCUUUCAUGGAGUCAUCCACUGACUCCUCAGAAAGUGGUCUCACAUUCCAAGAAGCAGAGACACAGAUGGACUUAUUGCCAAGCCUCCUGAAACAAACCCCAUUAACCUUGGAGCUCUUCCCAAACCAUUCUGAAAACCUUAGCAACUCACAAAGGCUGAGUCCCACACAGAAAUCGAAGCGGUUGCCACUUGGGCGUACUGUCCCUCCACUGGGUCCUGAAACAAAGGUCAUUGUUGUGUGGGUGGAACGCUUUGAUGACAUAGAGAAUUUUCCUCUCCAUGAUCUUCUACCAGAGAUCAGCACUGGAGUAGAGACCACUACAAAUAGCAGCACCUCUCUCAGGACCACCACAUCAGACAAGGAUGUGCCGGUCAUUUUUAUCCACCCCCUGAAGACUGGUCUCUUCAGAAUCAAAGUUCAAGGGGCUACAGGGAAGUUCAGCAUGGUGAUUCCAUUGGUCGAUGGUAUGGUAGUGAGUCGGCGGGCAUUGGGGUUUUUGGUCCGCCAAACCAUUAUAAACAUAUGCCGAAGGAAGAGGCUGGAGAGUGAUUCCUACAACCCUCCUCAUGUGAAGAGGAAGCAGAAGAUAGUGGAUAUAGUCCACAAAUACCGCAACAAGCUCCUGGAACCAGAGUUUUAUACCUCACUGUUCCAGGAAGUGGGGCCAAAAUCUCUGAACCCGUAGACACACUGAGAUCUUUGCCGAGAGUAUUUAUAAGCUAUUUUACUACUUAGUCAGGCACUUGGCUACUUGCGAAUGUGAUGUGAUGCACCGACUGGUAUCCAGAGCUCUGGAAAGCAGUAUAUCCCAGCUGGUUCUGUGUAAAUGUGUAUUAAGGACGUAAUGUUGAUUUUUGAGAAAUAUAUAAAAUCCAUUUUAUACUGAACUGCAAGACAGCCUUACUGAACAUAAUCGAAUUUCUGUACAAUACUUGAAAUCUGUAUUAUGUAGUGUAUCUUCGAUCAACUGUGUGGCAAGGUGUGCAAUAGUGCUGUACUCUUAGCUCCCAGACCUUGCACUGAAUCCUACACGGAUAGACAGUCAUAGAGGAGGAGAGAGUUUGGGGUAGUCUCAAUCCACAUACUGGUGGGAAUGAUUCCACAGCACAAAACUGCCCUUACAGUACAUAGUUAGCACUAAAACUAUAAGGAAUGGGGCUAGGGCUUUGAAGGACGGAGUUAUCUUUUUCGUUUGUCAACCUUGGUCAGUGAUUUUCAUUGUUGAGACAUCAAGAUAUGUUUAGUUGGAAUCUUAGUCCCAAGUCAUGUGUUUCUUCCUUGUAGGAACACAAGCACAAUAUUAGUGCAGUUAUCAGUUUCACACCAUCCCCAGCAUUAGCACAGUACGCAGCACAAACAGAGGGCAUCCACUUGCUUUGUAGUCUUCCUGAUGUCCUACGCCUGUGAAUGUUUGUACUGAAAUGACAUUUAUCAGUCUCUAUGUUGAUCCAAGAAAAAUGAAAGGAAUGUAGAAGGAGGUUAGCAAUGUAAGGACUGGAGAAAUAUGAGGGAGUGAGGAAUUGCACAGCUAUGUCUGAACCAGUCUUUGUGGUCAGACUAAUGAUCGAACCCACAGAAGUUGAGUUUAUAUUCGGCAGUGGAAUUGCUUUUUUUUUAACUUGGAUUUUUUCCCCUUUGUAGGACCUCACUACAAUUUCCCCAAGUCUUCCUCUGUUCCUGCCAACUGAGAAUGGGGUAAAAUUUGCAAUUUCUUUCUUCUCAAAAAAAACUAGAUGAUUACUUCAUUGUCCACCUGGGCAUUGGUAACUUACAUUGCAUUAGUCUUCUCAUGUUGUCUGGAAGCUGUCCUUACUAAUUCUGCCCUGAAUCUAGAUGCAAGAAUUCCCCCUAGCCAAUUAAACUGACUAAGGAUAACUUAGCGUUCCUGGCCUGUGCGCUGGAAACCACUGACCUAGGCUGUAGUUCAAAAUAAAGUUAUCCUGAAAGUGCCCGCAUUUGUUUUAAAGCCGUCCACACACCAUGCAGAAUUGUUUUUAUUUUGUUCAUUAAUCACGAAGCAUUUAAAAUAUUUUUACAGGUUUUAUUUUUAUACUUCAUUGCUUUUGUCAUUGCCAUUUGGGGAAAUAAUGGUUAUUUUUAAAACAGUAUCUUUGUUCCCAACACAUUUGUCUGAUUGAUAAAUGAGUCUCAUUAGAAAUCCUUACUCUGCAAUCAAUGAUCAAACAAAGCAAAUAAUGUACCUUUAGUGAACAGAGAUCAAUGCCUUCAAACUCAAGAUCUUGUACUGUACAGGAUCAAAAUAUCAAGAUUCUCCCAUACCCUUCAAUGUCCUUCAUGUUUAUUACACUUAUUGGUGAGCAAGCACCUUCCUACAUUAGUUUUAUGCUUUAUUCUAGUUGGGUGUUUUUAAAAGAAAAUUAAAGACUAUUUUAAAAAAUAAUUUAAAUGUCAUGAUUAGAUUUCUUUCCCUAAGCAAUUAAAAAGCUGGUGCUCAUUGAUGUGCUGAUAGCCAGGUUCGUGAACCUCAGCAAUUGAGGACAAAGCUGACUGAUGAACCAACUUUGCUGAGUUAGUGAUACAUUGGAGAGGUGCCUGACACUGGAACUCUGUCCAGUCAAAUCCCAGUAAUUCUUUAAGGCAACCUCCAAACAGUAUCAGUGUUUCAAGCGGUCAGCUUAAUGACAACCUGAUUUGGAGCAAGACCUCUGAGGUUACUGCAAAGACUGAGGUUACUGCUAGUUGCACCUCAGCUGAUGUAGGCUUCUUUGUGCAUGGUUAGUAUCUGCCUGACUUGAUCUAUGUUAACUGGGCCCCAAGGGUUUAACACCAAAACAAAUGCUUUCCAACAGUCAGCAGAAGCUGCAUUCAUUUGGACUUCUCAUGGUGAUUGAUUUCUGUGCAAUUCAGAUACUAAGAAACAGACUGGUGUAAUUCCUUCCUCCUCUUCUGCAGUGUCUGUGUGAAGAACAUAGUGAGUUAAGCAACCCUUUUGAUGGAGAGAGAUAAUGUUGGCAAUACUUGAUUGCUAAGUAGUUUUAAUACUUUCUGUUGCAUUUAAAAAUUGCAGCAUUCCCAAUUUUUGUGUUGAAUGCAUUUGAUGGGCUAAGAGGGGGUGAAGUAAAUGCUAGAGAUUGAAGAGCUUAGAGAGAUUCGACAGGUUAUUGGCUGUUCUCACAGAAUAGAUAUAUUAAGUUUUAAUUUUGUGCAUGAUGAGCAAUUCUCUUUUAAUUACGUGUCUUGCCUGCCAAAGUGGCGAGAUAUAGUUUGACUUGCGCCUUUUCCUUUUUACUCCUGUUCCUUACUGAGGCUGUUUCCUGGUUUUUGAAUUCUGAUCCGUUGAGAUAAACCCAUAGCAAAAUCCUUCGAUAUGAAAUCAUAAUUUAUUAACAGAACAUUCAAAACAUGGGGAAUUGCUUUGCUACUUCACACUUAUACACACACAGACAAAGUACUCAGGAAAUUAAGGAAGACAAAGGAGAAGUUUAUCAAUUACAAGUGUUUGGUAAAUGCAGAGGUAUUAAAAAAAAAAUGAGCCCACAAGUUCCCAGAUGUUAAUGUCCUAUAAUAGUCUGCUCAGUGAGCUGUGCCCUGUAGACUUUACUGUUUGCAACGUAGGCAUCUUUCCCAUCAGCAAAUUGGGGAACUAGUGAUGGAGUAUUCAAGGAAGGCUGCCAACUCAGCCUGGAGUCCUGUUUUUUUGCCUCUAGACAUCCAGCAGCAACUCACUUAGAAUUCCAGAAUUGUAUAUUCAAGCAAUUUAGCCAGAUUUGAUUUCAACAUACAACAAGGGCAGAUAUUUGAGGAGCUGAGGGUCCAUUUUGGUCAGCUGACUGAAAGAUCAUUAAGCUAGUGACAAGGUAACUGUUAAAGUAUGUUUAGCACGGGUUCUUUUAUCCAGAGCUAUCUGGAAACAAGUGUCUGACCUCCAUGCCCUUUGUCAGGUGACAAUGCAGGGGUUUCAGAAGUUUCUGGAAGUAUGAAUCUGAUUGACCUCUGCCAUUUUGAGUACCAGAACGCUGUCAAAAGAAACAAAAUUUAACCAUGAAAAUGUAGAGAAGUUUCUUGUCAUACCCUCUAACUGUGACAUACCCAAAGAGCUAUUCUGAAUGCACAUGCUGCAAAACCCAGAGGUUGAGGUAUUCAACUUGAUUGGAUAAUGCACUAUAAGCUGCAAGUUCUCUCCAAUGUUGAUUGUUCAAAGUAGCCUGUUAUCUGGCCAACUAUAAAGUUCAGUUUUCAUUCCUGCAUUUAAACUCACGAUAAUUUGAGCGAUCUGAGGUUUGUAAAUAAUAAAGGGAUAUACCUGGUUGAAUGCCCUGAUGAUCGAUCAGUGAGAUUCUGAUCGAUGCCUUCCUCUUCAAGGUUUUGUCUGACCACUCCUUUGACUUUCUAUUCUUAAACUUUCUCCAGUGCAAACAUUGAAUAUUCCAUUCAUCCACAAUGCCAUCCACUCUUCUUCCACCCCCACGCCCCAAUCACUCUCUCUCUUCCCUUCUAACAUACUUAAACGUAGAGGGUAGAAUCCGAUUAUCUGUGUUUUACUUCAAUGAUGUUGGGAGUGCUAUGCAUUAAUUUCCUGGUGAGUUUUCAAGGUUGCAACAUUGACCUUACUUUAAAAGUGUUUCAUUGUCUGAAGCACUUUGAGGUAUUUUAAAUUCAUGAAAGGUGCUACAUAAAUGCAUAUCUCCUCACUGACAGUUGUCUGUAUUGGUCGCCCUGGGGUUCCUGCAGUAGCACUGUGUUCAUGUCAGUUUGGACUUCCACCACCCACAGACUAUUCCUAGCAAACCAGUGAGAUCUGUCUGUUCACAACCAAGCCAUUGGUCCAUAUCUAGAUUCUCACUUGUCCUGUUUCAUUUUGUUCACACCUGAAUUUAUUUCUGAUAGCUGUAACUGUCGUCAUCCUUAGUAAAGGAGUUUACUUGGGUAAGUAAAAGACUGAAAUCUUGUCUGCAUGCUUCUAGUAAUUGUUUUUUUUAAGUGGUUUGAGGCAUCGUAAUCCGCAAAGACACUGACUCUGUUAAAGUGACAUGGCUUCAUAUGAGAGGCUAGAUUGGAGUGUUGGGCUGUUAGUUUUUGGGAUAUAGAAUCCAAGUCAAUGAGCACUGUCCCAUUGGAGUUGGUGGAUAGGAUUCUCUAUCACCUUGCUACUCCUGAUAACCAGGAUCAACAAAAUCCAUUUCCAUUACAGGCAGCCCAAGUGAAAUCAGUGAAUUCAGCAAAAGCUUGGAAUCUGACCUUGGACAUCACUGGGCAUGUGUUGUGUUCCAACUUCAGAGCUGUAUUCCACUGUGCUGGGCUGCUGUUAGUAAUACAUACUGCAAAUAAUCAAAUACAGUUUGUGCAGACUAUUGAAGAGCACAUUUACAGUCCAUUGUGUGCAGUCCAUUUGUUCAAUGGUAAAGGCAGUACAGGUCAUUCUGAUAUACCACAACAGUUGUGUUCCUGUGCAACCCCAUGCUAUAUAAAAUUGCACUGUGCAAGAUCACCAUAGAAAAUCACUACCCAUUCAGUAGAAAGUUUGUGUUAUCUAAAGUGUCCACAAUGCAUCAAUCGUGAUUAUAGACAAUUUGUGUAAACAAAAUGUGUUCAUUAAAAUAUUGAAUCAGAGGUGGUUUACAGACUGGAAGACAGCCCCUUGAUCCAUCAUGUAUGCAUCAGCUGCAGAAAUAAGCUACUCCGCCUAAUUAUACUUCACAACAUUUGGGUUAUAGUAUUCCUGCAGCUGGUGGGAUUGGGAGAGAUGAGGGAUGAGAGGGAUUUUCUACUUGUACUGACAACUCCCCCCAGUUCAGGACCAGUAAUCUAGGACCAGCUCUCUUUAUAAUGUCAUGCACCAUGUUAGGAAGCAUUCUCCCAGCACUGGGUUUCAUUUUCUGUCUUUUGUCUUUCAUGGCGUGUGCCAUUAUUAGCUUGGCCAACUUUUGCACAUUCCUAAUUGCCCUUGACCGUUUUGGAAGCCAGUUCACCACAGUCAUAGGUAGGCAGGCUUCUACACCUAACGAACAUUAGUGAAGCAGGUUGGUGUUUGUGAUAAUGGAUACUCAAUUAAAAUUGUCAGAGUGUUGCUAAAAUUUAUACUCUUUUUGAAUUCCAGAUUUAUAAAUCAAGUUGAAAUUCUCUUUGCUGUGGUGGGAUUUGAAACGUGUCCCUAGGUUUCUGAAUCACUGUUUUUAUUCCUUUGUGGUAUGUGGAUGGUGCUGGCACCUCUGUUGUCUGUUGCUCUUGGGUUGAGUGGCUUCCUUGGCCAUUUCAGUCCUUACCUCUAAAAUUUCAGAGUCCAGUUAAAAGUCAACCACGUUGCUAUGACCAGAUAAGGACAGCAAAUGUGACUUUCCCUAGAGGACAUUAAUGAGCCAGAUACAUAUUUUUGACACACAAUUAGAAAUUGCCAUAAAAUCUCAGCAGUUCUGACAGCAGCAGCUGUGAGUGAAAAGGUUAAUGUUUAGCAGUUCUGGAUCCAAACGUUAACUUGUUUCUCUGCAGAUGCUGCCAGACCUGCUGAGUUUUCCCAGCAAUUUCUGUUUUUGUUUCUGAUUUCCAGCAUCUGUAGUUCUUUGUUUUCUCGUUCGGUAAUUUUGACACUUGGUAAGGUUAUCUGGUUGCUAUUAGACAAGCUUUAAAUUCCAGAUUUUGAAUUCAUAAUUCACCACCUGUAAUGAUAGGGCUCAAAGCCAUGUCCCUAGAAUAGUAGACUGGGUCUCUAACUAAUUACAUUACCAGCAAGCCAACUUCUUCCCCUCUUGACAAGGUAUGAACCUGAUUGUACAUGGUGAAUGAAACAAGUCAUUAGUCUGCAACCAUGUUUUCUGUACGUAGCUGGAGUGAUGGGGAUUUAUAUUUGCAUUGUGGCGUUGGCAACUGCGCAGUGGACAGGUAGCCAGACUCCGAAUCUCCCUGCAUCCUCAUACCACUCUUCAUCUAAGGCUUUGAGAUCCUCCUUCAAAAACAAAGUUUGACCGGCUGAAUUUCCUUUUACAAAAAUUGGUCCUAACUCAUUGUCGUUUGUGGAGAGAUGGCCCUGUAAUCCAGUUCAUGCUGGCAACGCAAUUUACCAAUUCAUAAUUUCUGGGAAAUUCACAGAAAAUAUUCACUAUGACCACAGCCAAGAAAAAGAUAACAAGACAGUGGCACUUCAACUGAGUGCGUGAUUCAGGAUAAAUUCACAGUUAUUGCUCCUCUUCCAAUUGCAUUUGCCCUGGGCAUCUUUAGAAAGUUGGUCUUUCUGGUGUUAGAUUUUAUAAUUCAAAAGUUGAGCUUGGUGUCUGAGAAAAACAUUGUGCAAUCAUUGUGAAGUUGCACAUCAAGGUAAUCUGGUAUGAAGGAUAAUUUAAAAGUUAUUGUAUCUUCUGUAAAUAAAGCUGACUUCAGCUGAGAUGUACACUAUCAAGGAGGGUUUGUGUAAAUAGUGAUCAGCAGGUCAGGUUGUUUCUGUCUUCAGUACUUUAUCUCUCUGCUUGCUAGGAUCGGCAAAAAGCACGUGUUUGUAUUUAUGCCAAUUCAAUGUUAUCAAAGAGAAAUGUACUGAUACUGAAUGUAUCUCAUUAUAUUCAAUAAAUCGUUGAGUUUCUUUACCCCAUACCCUUAAUGGAAAGGUCUGGUGCCCUUUCAGCUGAUAGCCUUUUUUUGAGAUCCAAUUCCAUAUUAAUUAGCAAUGAGUGCAGAUGACUGGUUUGAUUGUGUAAGGUACCAUGUAUACAGUCACUGUGGAAAUCUAAAAGGGGAAGCCCUGGCAGAUGAUUUUAAACUUUCCUCAUCCAGGGGUUGCUGGAUAUCAGCUGAUGUGUGAAUAGAGUCUUUGCAAUUGGGAGUUGAUUUUGAGAAUCUUCCUGGUGUGUGUGGUCUGAUCGUAUACUUUGUCACCAUCAUUGCAUCAAACAAUCUCAGAGCCAGUGCACUCCAUUGUGGGAAUAUCAGCACCACAGGACGGCAGUGGAUCUCUCAGGUGACCUGGUACUGACUGUUGGGUAUUGGGCAUCAAGAGAAGGCAAGUAUCUGGGAAUGACAACCCAGCAAUUGAUAUUUAUCAGUAAAACAGCAAAUUAAUGUGGGAAUAUUCCAAUAUAAGAUAGUACAUACAUUCAAUUUGUAAAUGCAAUCAUUGAAACCCUCCCUGUUUUGCUUGUAUACCUCAGCAAGAUUGCAUUUAUUUUUGUUUUGCUACUGAUUGAAGGUUGAUCUGUUUGAUUAAAGUGAGGCAGUUAUA